GUUCCUCAGACGCGCAAGACAACCACAAUACAAUACUAUACGCGCCCGCCAAUGCUUUGCAACUCCAACUCCUUUUCCAACUUCGAAUUCUCAGCAGCAAAACGAUAGCUCAGAUUCUGUAAGGAUCAAUCUACGAGGUGCGUGUGUGCUUUUAUUCUUGCGACAAAGCUCUAACCCAUCUAUCCAGGAGCUCUCUUUUCGCCUUGGGCGAGCUAGGUAGCCUUAAUCAUGUCGUUCACAUUUGGUGGUGCUGCCAAUAGUGGUGGGAAUGCGGGCAGCAGCACUCCAACCAGUGGAGCAGGAAAUAUCUUUGGAGGAGGGGCAGCAAAACCGACCAGCAAUCUAUUCAGUUCAACUCCAACAACCAGCGGUUCUUCGUUAUUUGGUGGUCAACAAGCCGCUACAUCGAAACCAACGACAUUUGGAGCAGGAGCAGGAGGAGGGGGUCUCUUUGGCUCCAACACGGCAUCCGCCCCGGUCUCUGGCACUUCUACACCUUUGUUUGGAACGAGCACCGGUAACACACCUUCAUUCGGGGCAAAUCUAGGUGGAGCUACAUCUUCCGCUGCACCAAGUAGCACUCUUCCUGCAGCUUCUGCUGGAAACACAUUUGGUGCGAACUUCAAAUUGGGUGGUCAAACUCCAGCUUCUUCUGCUCCUGCGGGAUCGACGACUCCGGCUGCCGCAAAAUAUAGCUUCUCUUCAACAACGCCAGCAGGACCACCUCCCACAAGCAAUUCAUCGAACAUUUUUGGAGGAGGUGCUGGUGGAGGUGGAGGCGGCUUGUUUGGGGCAAAACCUGCAGCAGGAGCUACCACUAGCAACCUAUUUUCACCUCAAGCACCAGCUUCGUCCGCAACACCAACAUCAUCGACGCCGGCUCCAUCACUUUUUGGUGCAGGCGCUCAGGCUUCCAGCACUCCGGCUGGAUCAUCAGGAACUGGCAUGUUUUCGAAUUUUGGAGGAGCCAAACCUCCGGGUGGAAAUGCUGCAACGACUUCUACUGCGCCAACAGCUACAACUACGACAGCACCAGCUUCUAAUCUAUUCAGCCAGCAACAAACUACCACAGCACCCACUUCAAAUCUAUUUGCCCAGCAAUCUGCAACCUCUCAACCCACUACGGCAGCACCCACUCCCAAUCUCUUUGGACAGCAACCGGCAGCCUCUCAACCUGCUUCAACAACCUCAGCAACUACUGCUGCCGCUCCAGCUCCAAGCUUGUUUGGCGGAGCCGCCGCCGCAAAACCAACCCCAACAACCGGAGCUCCAACUUUGGGAUUAGGUGGUUUUGGAAAACCUACCUCUACACAAGCAGCAUCAUCAUCAACCCCAGCUCCAAGUUUGUUUGGGGCGGCGCCAAGUACCACUACAGCCUCUCCUGCAACACCAAGUUUAUUUGGAACCCCUAAGCCCGCUACAACAGGAGCAGCUCCUUCAAGUACACCUGCAGGUAGCGGAACAAACACUGGUAGCAGUGGAGGACUAAACCCAUCUGGCGGUGCAACUAGUUCAACUCCUGCGCCUUUAGCAGCAUCUACCUCUGGGCCAACUCCCCAAUUAUCUCGCCUCAAGAAUAAGACAAUGGAUGAGAUUAUCACCCGCUGGGCCUCUGACUUGUCAAAAUACCAAAAGGAGUUUCAAGACCAAGCAGCUAAAGUUGCAGCAUGGGACAGAUUGUUGGUGGAAAAUGGAGACAAGAUUCAAAAGUUGUACCAGAGCACUUAUGAGGCUGAACGAGAAACAAGCGAGGUUGAACGACAACUUUCUAACGUCGAAAGCCAACAGGAUGAGCUUGCAGGAUGGUUGGAUAAAUAUGAGGCAGAGGUGGACGAAAUGUUUGCGAGACAAAUUGGGCCGGGUGAUCAACUUCAAGGACCUGAUCAGGAGCGAGAGAGAACAUACAAGCUUGCCGAAAAACUCACUGACCGUCUGGAUGAGAUGGGUAAGAACCUCACAAGCAUGAUUGAAGCUAUCAAUGAUGCAUCAUCCUCGUUGAGCAAGAGCAGCAAGGCCGAUGAUCCUGUAAGUAGUGCCUGGAAACGAUCUUUUGACAACGGUUACUAAUUACGAUAAUUCUAGCUCUCACACAUUGUACGUGUUCUUAAUGAUCAUCUCACACAGUUGCAGUGGAUCGAUCAGAACGCUACCCUACUCCAGGCCAAGGUUUCUGAAGCACAAAAGCUCAGUCAGGGUAUGAGUGCCAGUGGACUUGGGGGUGUUGAAAGCGAUACCGCUGAGUCAUUCUAUCGUUCUUAUAUCGGAAGAAGAUGAUCAGCAAGCAUUUGCGUAGUAAUGUGAGCCUGGCGGUUAUUGAAAUGAUUGU